CAGCCCUGAGGGCAGUGCCGCUAAUGCGGGUCUUCCACGUUCACCGGGUGGAAGACCUGAGUAUGUCGACCAAACUCCAGACCAGUAACAUCACCAACAAGAAUGACCCUCGGUCGAUUAAUUCCCGCGUCUUUAUCGGAAACCUCAACACGGCGGUGGUGAAGAAGUCUGACGUGGAGACAAUCUUCGGGCAGUACGGCAAGGUGGUGGGCUGCUCUGUGCACAAGGGCUACGCCUUUGUCCAGUACACCAACGAGAGAACGGCACGUGUCGCCGUGGCUGGAGAGAAUCGCCGGGUACUCGCUGGACAGACACUCGAUAUUAACAUGGCUGGAGAACCCAAACCCAAUAGACCCAAAGGAUUGAAGAGACCAAGUUCUGCUGUGUACAGCUCAAGUUACGAUUUUGAUUAUGAUUACUUCAGAGACGACUUUUAUGAGAGAAUGCAUGAAUACUCCAGCCGGCCAGCGCUGAUCCCCCGGGCAAUACCAGUUAAGCGACCCCGGGUGAUUGUCCCCGUGCUACGCAGAGGGAAGUCUGGGAUCCCCCUGAAGUUAAUGGCACGUUCCACAGCCACCACGAAAAACGCCACAAAGUUAAAACUAAAAUCCAACGAACUCCAGCGGAUUAAACUAGAACUCACCCAGAUUAAAUCCAACAUCGACUCGCUGCUGGGAAGGUUGGAGGAGAUAUCCAGGGAGAAAGUGGGUCACACAGAGUCGAGGAAGAAGGCCGAUGAGGUGAGGCCUGAGCUCUCUCACGCAGACUCUGCCUCAGAAACUGCAGAGACGCUGACAGAGGAACCUCUGGGUGACGAUGGGGAAUGUGAGGAACUCGAACAGGGUGAAGCAACUGAAGACAAUGAGUGUGAGGAUGAAAUGGAAACCCAUCACAGAGCAGAAACAGAGACAACAUUAGAAUAGAAGAUUGCAAACUAGUGGUUCCCAGCAGGCUCUGAGUAAUAGGGAAACCACAUGCAACCAACUGAGGAGCUCAACACAAUUUAGAGAGAAAAAAAAUACAGACUACUGCUACCUUCAGCUCAAUUACACCAAGAGGACGAGGGGACAUCUGUAAAACAUUUAAGCAUCUGAUCCUGCGUCACUGAAGAAAGGUUUAAAAACCUGCUGGUGUGCCAUAGAAGUUGCUGCAAGAAACACCACACACCACAGGCAAGACUGUGGGGCUCACUAUCACAGCAAACUCUCUAGGAUUUGUGACAAGUUUCAGAUUGAAAAUUCAUUGCUCCCACUUUCUUGAUAAGUACAAAUGUUGCUGUUGACUUUCAUUGCACAUGAGAAUCCCCGUCACAUAUUUUGUGAAAAGAAUUCCCCUCUCCAAAUUUUCUUUUGCCCUUCUCCCCAAACAUUUCCAAGACACUCAUCAACCAUUUUACUCAUGAAUUAGUAUCUGAGCCAUCUAAGAGCUUUACCUUAUCUUGAUUCAAAUGUUCACUGCCAGGACUGUUCAAGAACUGAACUCCCCACCUAAAUGCUCAAUGACAUCAAGACCAUUAUUACUAGUUUAAAAUUAAGCCAGAAUCAUUCCACUUCUCACACACCCCCACCCCACAACCCUGACUCCCAGGAAUUGCAGUGGGAUAAGUGUAUAAAUCUAACGCCAGACAACUGCCCAUCCACAAUCUCACUGGGUUGCUAACUCUGUCAGAUAUAUUCCUGGAGGUUUCAUCACAUAACUACCUUCAAACAUGCCCAGCCCCUCACUUGGGUCAUUGGCUGUUCAAUACCUCCACUCUUGCAGUACCCAACUUCCCAUCGGCCAAAUGGAAAGCAAAAAAAACAUGGAAGGAAUCCAAUCUGGUAACAAGACUCUGCCUGUAUCUUCCUACCCCAAAUCCUUCUGCAACCAAUAAACAGAAGUGACCAAAAGAAAAUGACAAAUAUGUUUGUAUUAUUUUCUGUCUGAGAUGUAGCUCCUGGAGACUCCAGGGUAAGGGUGGAGAGUUGAUAACCAACUUUCCCCCUGUGAGCCAGAGUAAAACUGGAGGCCCUACCUGUCUGAUAUUACCUAUCUGCAAAGCCCCUCCAUGGUAAGUCGUAUGAGCAUACAUGAAGUAGGAACAGGGGUAGGCCUUUCAGAGAAUUAAAAGUGAAAUUUCAUCCCAUGACAUUAAAACAAACAAUUGGCACAUUGCAAACUGCAUUAUACUCUGCAGACCUGUUUUACCGAAGUGCUUUUGUCCCUGCCUCGAUCAACUCUUCAAACCUUUUAAUUCUUGCCAUUGUUCUGAAUAAGUUUAGCAUUA